AUGUCACAUUACGGAAGGCGUCUCAGUGCGAACUCAUCAUCGCAUUUGAUGGCGUCCAGCUCAGCCAGUACAAAGUUUCUACAGCUCUACGAAUCCCUUCCAGCCGAUGCACAGCAUGCUCUUGUCGAGAGUUCACUUGCACCGCUCCUCGAUGUAGUUUCCAAAGAGAAAUCAAACCGCACUCUUGCAUCAGCAGCACGCAUGCAUAAAAAAUAUGCCAGCAUGCCAUCUUUGAACCUGAAAGCAAAGAAGUUGGAGAUCGCUUCACUCCUGGACGAACUCGCCCGCGACCACAAACGUUCUUACGUGAAAGAAAAGUCUCGCAAAGAAGAACUCCUCGCAGAAGUCAUCGAGAGCGUCAUCGACUGGCUCAAUGAUAUAUGGAGAGUCAUAUACGAGUACGCGGUCGAACAGAUCGGUAACGCGCGGGUCGGGUGCAAGUGUUCUUUUAUGAACAUGUACAUUUCUGUAAAGAUCAGGCGCUCCUCUGGCAAGGUCGUCAAGUCUUUCCAUUUCACUGGCGCACACAACCUCCAGCGUGUUAUGCUUUGGAUUUGGCGCGACCUUUUCGUAGUCAUGCUUGCCGAUGGCACUAAGCGUCAGAAGUCUGCCAUCCCAGAUAUGCUCGACGAUAUUCGCACCGAAUUCGGCUGGAACGCCCUCGAGCGAUUACUCUACGGUGGUCAAAAACCCGAUGACGACGAAGAUGACGACGACUUUGAUUCGAUGAUGAUAUCGAUUAUGACGAUGAUUACAGUGAAGACUACACGGACACUGACGGAAACUCCGCUGGCACCGCUUGUAGCGAUGCUCAAUGUGCCUGUGCUCAUCCGCACGUCUCUCAUUUCUCUCUUUGCUACCAUGCCCAGUCCAAUUCUCUUUGCAAGUAUCGGCGACAUAUCUGAAGCGGAUGGAACGGACGAGGAUGACCUUUGCGAAGAGCUCCUCCCCACACUAAUGCGUAUCGCCACUUACAGCCCCGAGAAUUUUGCUACAGCACUGCAUAUAUGUGCAUUGCAUUCACAUACAGAUAAUAUCAAUACCCUACUCGCCAACCACUCUCACCUUCUGCGUCCCCGCGACGCGCCCGCACACCAGCUUGCAACCAUAAUACUUGCCGCAGAACCACCCUACCAGCUCAAUGCACUACGCAUCGUCGAGAAAGAGCUGCUCGACACUGUGCACGCCAUCCGCGCCGCCGUGCGGAGCGCAUUUUGUCAUAUUGAUGUUCAGGCCAAUAAGACGGAGCUGACCGAGAUCAUAGCAUUGCGCCUGGAAGCACUGGGUCGACGAGGGCGGAUUGACCGCUGGGUGGGUGCUGUAGUAUCGCCUACAAGUGAAACUGCCCAUCCGAUGGCACUGGCGGCGCUCAUGAUGGGGCUUCCUCUCCCCCCUGGGAUGGAAGGGGCUAUGGACGAUACUGACCCGCUCGGGUACAUCGACAUAGAUGUCCAGGAUCCGGAUCUGGAUGACCUGCGGGAAGAUUUCCGUCCGAACCUAAAGGCACGCCUCGAGGGUUGGAUAGAAGCGGGACGGACAAUCAAGGGAGGGAUGUCAGUAUUACUGAAGGUGUAUGCUGUGAUCAUCGAGAUGAUGCCGUUCUUGGGUGCGCCAGAUAUAGUUGAUGAAAUGACGGGACGGCUCUCUGAGAAACCAAGUAAACUCUUUCUCUGUGACGCCCUUGAUGCGCUGUGGGAUUUCUGCAGACAGCAGAGGCGCAGGUUUGCAAAGCCAAAGAGCAAGCAAAAGCCGCCAUGCACCCCCAAUACCUCCCAAGCACCAAGCCAAUCAAGUAAUCAAUCAAGUAAUUCUGGGGGCGUAACGUUCAUUGCGAUAAAUAACUCUCAGUCUUGUCCGGGGGGAGUAGUGGAUGAUGUCGAUUGA